AUGUCGGAAAUAUCACCACAGUGGUCUCGCGUCAUAUCUGACCUGCGCAACGACCCCGAGUCCAGAUUCAAGGACCACCGCAACCUCCUCCAGGAUGCCACCCUCGACGUUGCGGCCCGCGAGCUCACUCAGGUUGAGUCUCAGCAUUCUCGCGAAAGUACGAGUUGGAAGGCCCUGCAGAAAGUGAAACCGCUCCUGAAUGUUCUCGACGGGUUUGCCGGGUUUGCGGGCACCCUCGCUUCUCUUGACCCGCAUGGCAUUGCCUCGAUCGUCAUUGGCAGCUUCAGAAUAGUCAUCAAGCUUGCGGGUGGCUACAUGUCGGCCUUCGAGAAGAUCAGCUCGUCUUUCGCAUACAUCCACGAUGAGUUGGGUAGGUUGCUUGCCCACGAAAACAGAUUCAAGGCAAAACCCUCGAAACGCCUCAACAACGUCUUGUAUAAGGUUUUCAAGGCAUACUGGGCCUUCUUCGAAGAUGUGUACGGGCUGCUCUACUCCACAAAGCGCCAUAGGUCGAAGGGCCUGGGUUCGCAUUUGAAGGAUUUUGUAACAGGACACGUUGCCGAGGUCGAGUCUCACAUCAAUGGCUUUCAAGAACUGUGCGCCACGGCGAAUAAAGAGAUACAACUGGCAUCUGAGCAGAAGAGGGAUGACGAUAAUGCCACACUACAGGAAGGGAUCGAGAGAAUACUGGCAGAAAUGUCGAAACAGGAGCAGAGGUAUUUCCGUCAGGAUUGUCUCCGGUUCAAGGACUGGGUUGCACCUGUCGACAUGAACGAGAAGAUGAAGACGCUGCUCAAGAAGAGAACCCCCGGCACAGGCAGUUGGAUCUUUCAGAACAAGUCCUUUCGUUCUUGGCUGGAUGGCGAGUCCUCAAACGAAGUGAAGACCCGCUCGGUGCUUUGGUUGACAGCAGGUCCUGGCUUCGGUAAAUCGUCCCUGGCGGCAUUUCUCGCCAACCAUCUCGGGCGCACAGUCACAACCGGCGUUGCCUAUUUCUCCGUCGACACCACGAGCAACGAGACGGACACCUCGAUUGUACCUGCGUUGCUGCGGACAAUCCUUGACCAGCUGUUCGCUGUCGAUCCCAUCACCAAUGAGCCACACUUUGAGAUCAAACCUUCGACAAUCCGCAAUGCAGGAGCCUUCCGUCCCGCUGACAUCGUUUCCUACCUCUCCGUGCUCAAAGAGACACUGAGGGAGCAGAGCAAGCCGACGGCGAUCAUUAUCGAUGCGCUGGAUCAGUGCCCCAGCAACGAAACCACCCAGUAUCAGCUUGAGGAGCUCUUAUCAGCCAUCACGGGCCUCCCGUCCACCUGCAAGAUCCUCCUUCUCCCGGUCCCGAAGUUCCUCACAAAGGAUGACAUCUCGCCGGACAUAUCUGCGUACGUCCUGAGCUCCUUGGACGAAGUCACGGAAGAUAAGAUGUGCAAGUGGCAAGACGAUUUCCGAGACGAUCUCGAGGGCGAAAUCAUCAAACGCUCCGAGGGCAUGUUCAAGUGGACAGAACUGGUCGUCAAAGACCUCAGCACUCGCAAGGCGAAAAGCGAUAUGGGCUUCGCACGGGCAACGCUCGAUCGCGUGCCGCGCGGACUGAAGGAGAUCUACCAGCGGGCACUCGAGAAUAUAGGCAGGAUCGAGGACGACGAGGAGAAGCGCCAAGUGUCUCGCAUUCUACAGUGGAUCCUCCGCAACUAUCGCCCACUGCGGGUGAAGGAGAUCUCGGCGGCUCUGGCCAGCGAGGCCGAAGAUCCCUCGAGUGACCUGCGCGACUUGCUGGACAGGCAUCUCAGCGACCUUGUCUACGUUGACUUCGAGACCGACAUAAUCACAAUGACGCACCACACCGCGACCGAGUUUCUCACCGCCAGCACCCGCUACCGGUGCGCAGAUGGGUUCCAACUGAUUCCCGACCAGCUGGCUGAGAUCGACCUAGACAUGCUCCUGGCUUGCCUUUCGUUCUGGAAUGACUCUGAUCGCCAGUUCUUGGAUGCAACUCCAGUUUCGCGCGAAACCGAAGAACGGUUUGAGGAGGUUCUCCGGGGAUACGAUGCAAUGGAAUACUCGUGCAUCGGCCUGGUCCAUCACCUAUCCCAAGUCGCCGAGGCACAGCUGUUCCCAGAAGAACUUGAAAGUGCAUUGGACUGCUUCUUCCGCCUUGACGAGCACCAGAACCUGCUGAGGUGGCUCCAGAUGUUCUGCUACCUCCGCUUCACGAACCGCAGAGGAGCAAACGAGGCAUACUCGGCUGUGUUUGAGGCGUUGCGGGACGCAGAUUCAGCCGCUCAUAGCCCGCUCCGGAGGCUUCUCGACGACAAGUAUCCAGACAUCAGGGGCCAUCUCGGGUUCUCGGACGGCGGCCGUUUUCUCCGCUGGCAGCAAAUCCUCGCAAACCCCGUUCCGCCGUGCUUCAGCGCGACGCUGCUCGCGUCCUUCUUCAACUUCCCCGGCGCAGUCGAGUCGUUGGCAGCGGAGGGCGAGACGCUACAUUACGGGCGCGUGACGAGGCCUAGUGCAGUGUUCUGGGCGGCCUAUGGUGACGCCACCGACUCGAUGGCACUGCUGCUCAGCAAGGAUUACAUCGACAAGUUCCCUUCGUUUCGGAACCCAACUGAUCAGGCGGCGCACCACCCCUCCCCUCUGCUUGAAGCCGUCCGGCUGCGCGAGCAUAUGGAGUCACGCCCUGGCACAUACCCCACGGCUAUUAUGCUCCUAGACCACGGCUGCCGGAUCUCAGACGGCUUCGAGAUCACGCUCCUCAGUUCUCCUCCUGACUCACCUGGGGCAAGGGAGCUCGCUGAACGCGUGCUGAAGAUUCCAAACGCCUUCACUUUCCACCAAGACUCGCUCGGCGGCAUCAUCAACUACGCCGUCUUUGCGGGCCAGUCACAGAUCCUGGCAGCCUUCGUCCAGGACAAGAGGCUCCUGGAAAAUCUGGCCGCAAGAAACCCAUCGCUGCAAGACCACGUAGCCGAGAUUAAGAAUCCCGAGCUGCGAGAAAAGUCGGAUUUCUUGGUAGCCAUGCUGGCCGGCGUGCCGGGCCGCCUCGAGCGAGGGAUCAGCGCGAUGCAGCUCGCGGGUCUCAACAACGACUCGCGCUCGAUCCGUCUGCUUUGCCCGUCCGAAUUUUAUGCUCGGCACCUGACCAACCAUGUCGGAUUCAAUGGAUGGACUCCCUUGCAUUGUGCAGCGCAGAGAGGACUCGAGGUCUUCAGGCAGAAGAAAGGUCACCACAACGAAUGGCUCACGACGGUGAGGAGCAUCCAUGCGGAAGACCACGGCGUCAGCGCGCUUCUCGAGCUCUCAUCGGAUCCCGACCUCGCGGACCGGGCUGGAAACCUUCCCAUCCACCUUUCUGCGUAUCACGGAUGUGAGGCAACUGUCUCGCGGCUGUCACAAUGUCAUAAUGAAUGGGAUAGGGUCAACAACGAGGGCAAAACACCGCUGGCCAUAGCUCUACAACUCCGCCACCUCGAAGUGGCCAAGACCCUCCUCAGCAGAGGCGCGAGUCUUGACAAAGUCUCAGACGACGUCCGCCACCAGUUCAGCGUCCUCCGCGACGACGCCGCCCACGAUGUCAAGAUCGAGGCACAGAGGCCUGAGUGGCUGUUCUACGCAGCUUGCAUAAGGUCAUAUACGAGGCGGCAGGGCCGACCAGGCUUCCCCCUGCCGAUCGUGGCCCGCAUCCUCCGGGACUGCGGCAUCUUCGAGGUCGUCGAGGUGGAGCGGCGCGACGAGUACAGGUUCGAAGAACGCACCCCGGGAAUCCUGUACCUUCAGAGCCCGCCCGUCACACCGAGCAGCAGCAGCCGGCCGGUCGAGGGGCUGGUCGUCGAGGCGCGGUCGGGCCUCGGCGAGUGGGCGUGGCUCAAGGCGGAAAAGUUCGAGGGCGGCGGCGGGCGCGUGGUGCCGUGGCUUGACCGCCGCCUCUUCCACCGGGGCAAAUGGGGAUACGCGGACGACUCUGCCACCUUCUCUGCCGAUAAUGCUUCAGACAGGGCGUACCUCGGGUCUCUGAGGCCCGGCGACCGCGUGGCCCUCGUGCCUCUGGGGAUCUACCCGGCCUGGACCGUCGUGAUGGAGCACGCCCGCCUCAGGCUGGUCAUGUCUGGCAUCAGGGAUUACUUUAGCAACCAAGACCGCGAGCGGAUCUGGAAGCCGCGAAAAAUGGAGGAGACUAUUCCCAAUGCCGUACAGAUGCGGUUCUACAAGAACUAUGGCAAGGAUGCAAGAAGAAUUGUCGGCAUCCCGUUCAGGCACGUGGACGACAACUCUUCCCGUUCGAACACGCUACCAGUGAGAAUGGUGUGA